UUUACUGUUAAGAUACGAACUCGCCAAAGUCAGAGCUCAUCUGCCUCUUAAAGGGAAUAAUGACUGUCAUGCUGGUUUGUGCUUUUUCACAGUGAAACCUGAGAAGCCCCACAUUUCCAUGGAGAACCAGCAAGUGGAGGGAAAACUGUUCUCCGCCACCUGCUCAAUCCGUCAUUCCUGUCCUUCAUCUCUACCACUGGUCGAAUGGAUUGGCUUAUCUAAUGUUUCUAACAGUGUGAUCACCACAAAGGACCAGGACGGACUGUGGACUUCAGUGUUCCAAGCAAAGUUCAAACCAAACCUUCAGGAUCACGAGAAGAAUCUCAGCUGCCGAAGCACCUUCAGCAGUCAAACGAUAUCCAGCGAAAAACUUCAGAUCAACGUCUUAUAUGCCCCCUCAGAUGUGAAAAUACAGGCUGAAGGAAACAGUGUGGUUGAGGGUGGUUCUCUCUCACUCACAUGUUCUGCUACCAGUAGACCUCCACCUUCUCGCUACGAGUGGUCUGUUUCUCAGAUGGACACCACUGAGAAGUACAGUGGAACAGAACAUCGCUACACCUUUAAAAAUAUCCAGCGGGAGACCUCCGUUUCCUGCACUGUGUUUAACUCUGUUGGAGAGGGUCAGUCUGAGCAGCUCAAGCUGAAUGUCCACUUUCCUCCGAAAAUCCUGCUCUCUCCAAAUUGCUCUGAGUGGGCUGGAGGUCUGCUCUGCGUGUGCCGAGCGGAGGCCGAGCCCAAAGCUAACGUCUCCUGGACGGUUGAUGGACGCCAUGCACGUUUCCCACAGUUCAAUAUCACAACCAGCUACAGCGAUACAGUGACAGUGUCGGAGUUAACCGGCCCACUGACCGGCAACGUGUCCUGUACCGCAUCCAACUACCUCUCCGCAGACCUCCACCACACCACUGUCCUGAUUCCACAGUCAGACGGAAACUCUGUUAUAAUAGCCACCGUGGUUGCUGUUUGCGUCAUCCUGGGAGUUACUGUGGUGGCUGUUUACCUGAGAAGGAGACGUCAAAUCCCCCAACACUCUACCUCCAGGUAAGAUUCAUACCAAAAUAAAAGCAACGACAAAUUAAUAAAUUUUGUUAUUUUAUUUCUUACAUAGUAACUGAAUAGUGAAGUGAUCCAGACUAUAAAAGAACACAUAAAGAAUCAUAUAGUA